CUCAAAGGACUCAUUGUAGGGAGGGAUGAGUCUGUGUGCAGCCGCGGUGUGUGUGCUGUGAGUGAGUGUGUGUUUGUGGAGCCCCCUCCUCAUUAACUAGCUGGUCAGCAGCGGAGGGAUUAGCGAAGCAGCUCCACUCACUACUAACAGACAGGGAGACGGGGGGGAUUGCAAAAAAGCUUGAAUCAUGCUUGUCGUCAUUACUACCGGCUGGGAGUGGAGCCGAAAUUGUGCAAGAUACGGAUAACAGCUAAGAAAGGUCCGUGUGGAAGUUUCCAGGUCUCCUCAUUCCGCCGUGAAAAUGCCUCACCAGGGGCUCUGCCGCUGCCGCUGCUCCUCGGACCCGUUGCAUUAUGCUGCCUCCUUCACGUGUGCUUUAUGUUGAAGAACAGGAUCUAAACCUCUAAGGAGUCUGCGAAGUCGACAAAACCAAAGCACCUGAGGAUAUUUUUUCUUUCUUUUCGCCGUGCGGAGAUUUUAUCAAGUGAAAGAAAGAGGGUGAAAACUUGUAGGCUAGUUGUUGGUCAAACAUGGGGAACGCAGGGAGCAUGGACCAGCACACUGAUUUCAGGGGACACAACAUGCCUCUGAAACUACCCAUGCCCGAGCCCAGUGAACUGGAGGAAAGAUUUGCAACGGUUUUGAGUUCGAUGAAUCUUCCUCCAGACAAAGCGCGACUGCUGCGGCAAUACGACAACGAGAAGAAGUGGGAACUUAUCUGCGAUCAGGAGCGGUUCCAAGUAAAAAACCCGCCUCACACGUACCUCCAAAAGCUGAGGAGUUAUCUAGACCCAGCAGUCACGAGAAAGAAAUUCAGACGGAGAGUUCAGGAGUCCACCCAAGUCUUGAGAGAACUGGAAAUUUCGUUACGGACCAAUCAUAUAGGGUGGGUGAGGGAAUUCCUAAACGAGGAUAACAAAGGCCUGGACGUGCUGGUGGAAUAUCUUUCUUUUGCACAGUAUGCCGUCACGUUUGAUGGAGACAGUGUGGAGAACAACCCAGAGGCUUCUAUGGAUAAGUCGAAGCCCUGGGGUCGCUCUAUAGAGGACCUGCAUGGAGGAGGCACCCUGCCGUCAUCUCUCAGUGGGAACAGCAUCACACGAGCUGGGCGACAUUCCACGAUACGCUCCAACACACUGCCGAGCCGGAGAACUCUGAAAAACUCCAGAUUGGUCUGCAAGAAAGAUGAUGUCCACGUCUGCAUCAUGUGCCUGCGUGCGAUCAUGAAUUACCAGUAUGGCUUCAACAUGGUCAUGUCGCACCCACAUGCUGUGAAUGAAAUUGCACUAAGUCUCAACAAUAAAAACCCAAGAACUAAAGCUCUGGUCUUGGAGCUUCUGGCGGCAGUUUGUCUCGUGAGAGGAGGCCACGAAAUUAUUCUCUCUGCAUUCGACAACUUUAAGGAGGUGUGUAUAGAGACACAGCGGUUUGAGAGGCUAAUGGAGUAUUUCAAGAAUGAGGACAACAACAUCGACUUUAUGGUGGCCUGCAUGCAGUUCAUCAACAUAGUUGUGCACUCAGUGGAGGACAUGAACUUCAGAGUUCACCUACAGUACGACUUCACCAAGCUGUGUCUGGACGACUACUUAGACAAACUAAAGCAUACAGAGAGUGAUAAGCUGCAGGUUCAGAUCCAGGCCUACUUGGAUAACGUGUUUGACGUGGGAGCCCUUCUGGAGGAUGCAGAGACCAAAAACGCUGCGCUGGAGCGAGUGGAGGAGCUGGAGGAGAACAUGUCACAUAUGACAGAGAAGCUGCUGGACACGGAGAAUGAGGCCAUGUCAAAGAUCGUGGAGCUGGAGAAGCAGCUGAUGCAAAGGAACAAGGAUCUUGAAUCAAUCAGGGAAGUCUACAAAGACGCCAGCUCUCAGGUUCACUCGCUGCGGCUGGCGCUAAAGGAGAAGGACCAGGCCAUCCAGCGUCAGAGUAACCUGGAGAAGAAGAUCCACGAGCUGGAGAAACAGGGCACCAUCAAGAUCCACAAGAAAGGUGACGGAGACAUCUCCAUCCUCCCCUCACCUCUCUCGGGGGUAGAGGGCUUGCCGGGUGCUGUGAUGGGAGGAAACGGUGUAGCCUUCAGUCCGAAUCAUAUGGGAGUCGUAGCAGGAACACCGGGUCCACCUCCGCCUCCUCCACCCCCUCCACUGCCAGUGAACGGCACAUUGUCAAACGGACCAUCAGCCAUCGCUGCAGCAGCAGCUCCCCCACCUCCACCGCCUCCCCCUCCCCCUCCGCCUCCUCCACCAGGCCCAGCCUCACAAUUCUCAGCACCGCCACCUCCUCCGCCUCCUCCUGGAGCCCCCCCACUGCCCGGCUGUGGGACGCCCACUGUCAUCAUGAACUCCGGGUUAGCAGCGGUUAAGAUCAAGAAACCCAUCAAGACAAAGUUCCGUAUGCCCGUCUUUAACUGGGUCGCCCUGAAACCAAACCAGAUCAACGGGACGGUCUUCAAUGAGAUCGAUGACGAGAGGAUACUCGAGGACCUGAACGUAGACGAGUUUGAGGAGAUGUUCAAGACGAAAGCCCAGGGCCCGGCUAUCGACCUCACCAUGAGCAAGCAGAAGGUCAUCCAGAAGGGGCCUAACAAGGUGACGCUGCUGGAGUCCAACAGAGCAAAGAACCUGGCCAUCACACUGAGGAAAGUGGGCAAGACUCCCGAGGAGAUCUCCAAGGCCAUUCAGCUCUUUGACCUGCGGACUCUGCCGGUGGACUACGUUGAGUGCCUGAUGCGCUUCCAGCCCACAGAGAAUGAGGUUAAAGUCAUGCGUCAGUUUGAGAAAGAGCGCAAACCGCUGGAGAGCCUGACUGGUGAGGACCGCUUCAUGAUGCAGUUCAGUAAGAUCGAGCGGCUCAUGCAGAAGAUGACCAUCAUGGCGUUCAUCGGGAACUUCUGUGAGAGUGUGCAGAUGCUCACUCCGCAAAUUCAUGCAGUCAUCGCAGCUUCUGUGUCCAUCAAGUCGUCACAGAAGCUAAAGAAAAUUCUAGAGAUUAUCUUGGCACUCGGGAACUACAUGAACAGCAGCAAAAGAGGAGCGGUGUACGGGUUCAAGCUGCAAAGUUUAGACUUGCUACUCGAUACCAAGUCGACAGACCGUAAGCUAACGCUGUUACACUACAUAGCCAACGUGGUAAAGGAGAAAUACUCUCAAGUGGCUCUCUUCUACAACGAGCUGCACUACGUGGAGAAAGCUGCAGCAGGUGAGCCGUGCAGUCAGACGCGCUUGCCUCUGUGUGACGCUUUAUUGAUUUUGCUUUGUACUCAUAUACAUCUGCUUUGGUUCGCAGUGUCGUUGGACAACGUCCUGCUGGAUGUGAAGGAGCUGCAGAGAGGCAUGGAGCUGACCAAGCGAGAGUACAGCAUGCACGGACACAACACCAUGCUCAAAGACUUCAUCACAAACAAUGAGAGCAAGCUGAAGAAGCUGCAGGAUGAUGCCAAGAUUGCACAGGAUGCCUUUGACGAGGCGGUGAAGUUCUUCGGGGAGAACUCCAAAACAACGCCACCCUCCGUCUUCUUCCCAGUGUUUGUGCGAUUUGUUAGGGCUUACAGGCAAGCAGAAGAGGACAAUGAGCAUAAAAAGAGACAGGAACAGAUAUUGAUGGAGAAACUUUUAGAACAGGAGGCCAUGAUGGAGGAAGACCAGAAGUCUCCUCAUAAGAACAAGCGGCAGCAGCAAGAGCUGAUCCAGGAGCUCAGGAAGAAACAAGUGAAAGACAGCCGCCAUGUCUAUGAAGGCAAAGAUGGAGCGAUAGAGGACAUCAUCACGGCCCUAAAGAAGAAUAAUAUUACUAAAUUUCCCAAUGUCCACUCGAGGGUAAGGAACUCCUCCAGUAGCACACCUGUAGUGGUGGAUGUGUCCCAAACCUGGCAAGCAUCUCUUUAUUACCUCCCUCCUUCUUUCACUGUCUUAGGGUCCCCUAAGGGUUCACCUCCUUCCUCUUCCUCACUCCUUCAUAACAGUAAACCUGAAUGUCUAACGAUAAAAAUAGCUGAUCUUUCUACUAGUUUAUUCAUCCAUUUUACGAUGAAGUUGCAUCUAGGGGUUUCCCCAGAUGCAUGGAAGGUUUUCUACUUACAAGUCAGAACCCUAAGCCUGUCUCAGUGGUAACGCACAGACAGCUGACCUGCGAGGCUUUUUCUCUUCUGUGUAGAACUCAUGCUGCUUUGACAGACAGGCUGCCAGCGCUCUGAGUAUGUUGGCUCAUCAAAACACCUCAACAAAAUGACUGACAGUUCUUUUAUUCAACCCCCCCAACCCCCCCAUCAUACCCCCUUCUUCCUCCAGAUUUGAGGAAUCAGCCUUACAGGCGAGCAGACGCUGUGCGGAGGAGUGUCAGGAGACGCUUUGAUGAUCAGAACCUGCGGCCGCUCAACAACGAGGUGGUCGUGUGACGAGGGAACAGUGCAUGUGCUGUGAGGGGGGGGGAUGGAUGGUGAGGAUGUGUCAGAGAGGAAGAGACAGGAUGUUGGAUGUAGAAUGAAGGACGAUAAGUGAAAGAUGGCGAGUGUAGCAACCAUAGAGAUGUGUAUAUAUAUUACAUAAGAAUACACGUUAUUCCAUGUCUGAGGCGUGGUAGCAGCUGUUGACAUGAAGGACUGGGACAUGUAUGAGACUGAAUUUAAAGUGUCUGAAAGGUUGAUGCAGAAAACCUUAGACAAGCCAAGUGCCUGAACUUAUUUUGCGGGCUGAAGUCACGCCGUCUUGUUUGUCUGACGACUGUUUUGUAAUAGUUCCCACUUCGAGCAAUACCACUUGGCCUGGCUUUAAUUUUAGGAUGUGUAAAACUGGACUUGCUGUGGCCUUAAGAGCCACGUAAAGAGAUGGAAACGUAAUGUAGAAUGUAUGGGACGCGUUCCCUUUAGCUGUUACAGAUAUUACAUCUUACAUGUUGAGUUUGACGCUCUGUUUUAUCUCGGUACAUUCCGGUGCUCUUUUACAUUCCUCUGACAGUACGUUGUGCUCUACCUGCACUCUUUCUUUUUACAUCUCAUGAGGUUCUUCAACUUUGAAUAAAAGGGCUGAUGAUCAGGCCUGAAGGUUAUCAGAAAGAAAUGUUUCACUAAAGAAUGAGGGUAAAAUGUUGUCAAAAGAAGACAAGUGGAUUUUACAUAUCAGGCAAAUGCUGACUUCUCCUCCCUAAUUUGUUACUUCAGUAAAUGGAUCAGGAUUGAAUUUGUCGCUCUAAAAUCCAUGAAACUCUACCGUCCAUUUUAAAUGUUGCAUUUCUGUAGCAGCAGCACAGCAGUUUGUCUGGUUUCUGGGAACAAAUCAGGAGUGAAUGAGCCUGUAAAGCAACAUUGACCACUUUUAUACCAAACGUAAAUACUGCACAAAAUAUGCUGAACCCUGUUUCAUUGUCAUAACUGGACUGCAUUUCAUCUGUCAACAGUUUUUCUUUUUACAAAUUGAUUAUAUUCCAGGCUACUGUGUCUACUCACUUUAUUGUAAUUUUAAUGUAUAGUAUUUAACCACUGAAAGGAUUUCUCUAAGCUCGUGUUUUCAUCUAAUGUGUCUACGGUCAUUAAAACAUGGCAACACAAAGUAAAUGUACAGAUAUUUUGCUACAAACCAUGUUCUCUCCUCUUUUUUUUUUUUUACCUAAUUCACAUUACCUGACAGUUAAUAUUGUACAUAUUGUUUAAACAAAAGUUUUCAUUGCUUUGUGCUAUACAACUUGAAUGUUAUUUUAACUUAUAGUUUUCCAUUUGUUUGUAUAUUUAAUGAAGCCAAAUGCAGCUGGACUCAGUAGUGUUAGCUCUCAUUGCUCUGCUUACUGGUGUUCCACAGGGGCGUCAAAGCUACAAACACAUGCAGCACGUUCUGAUUGAAAGCGUUGGUACAAUAAACCUCUUAAUCAUAAACAACGCAUCUCAAUAAAUAAACUUCUAUUGGUUAACCUGUGAUUGGCUGGUGUCAUCGUGCUGCCGUUCAUCUCCAUUGUCUGUCUUCACCGACUGUAAUAGCGACAUCUCUAACUGGAUAAUACUGGCAUGUUUUAUUUUUUUUAUUUUCACCAGAAAUGUAUUUUAGGCAGUUUGUGCUUAUUACAAAAUAACUUUUUUUAAAAAAAUAGGUGAUAUGAGAUUUUCAACGAAUAUCAAAUAAAGUAUUUACAUUGAAUAUAAAACUGUU